UUUAAUAACAACGUCUGGCGUAACAGAAAGUUAAAGAAAAUUAUAAAUAAAAUGUUAAUUACCUUAAGAAUAUUAACACAAAAUACAAAUUUAAACCUAAACAAUUUAUCGAAACUAAAAGCUGCUGCAAUAAAACCUAUAAUAUGCCGAAAUAUAGCAACUUCAAAGAAGUUGUUAGCGACAAGUGCCGCUAAGCCGCAAACCACCCAAUUGGAAAUAAAUGGUCAGUCGUACUCAGCCGACGAUUGGACCAAUGUUACGCCUAAAAUAUUAUCCUAUAUGGGAUUAAAUAAACACCUGCAAAAAGAUCAUCCCUUGUCCAUAAUCAGACAACGUAUUGUGAAUUAUUUUUAUAAAACCUACACAACAUCACGUGGAAAUCCUUUAUUUUCUGUGUACGACAAACUGAAUCCGGUGGUUACAGUGCAGCAAAACUUUGACAAUUUAUUAAUACCAGCGGAUCAUGUUAGCCGUAAUAAAUCUGAUUGUUAUUACAUAAAUAACCUACAUUUGUUGAGGGCCCAUACCACUGCCCAUCAAGUCGAUUUGAUUUCAUCGGGUUUGGAUAACUUUUUGGUGGUGGGAGAAGUCUAUCGUAGAGAUGAGAUUGAUAGUACACAUUAUCCAGUAUUUCAUCAAUUAGAUGCUGUACGUUUGGUGACCAAAGACAAGCUAUUUGAGCGUACUCCUGAAUUGGACAUAUUCGAAAAAGACUGGCGCAUUGGUACGGGCAAUAAGGCUCAAGUCAUACACUCUUCCUCAAAAUGCAUUGAUCAAUCCAAACAACCCUGCCACAGUUUGGAGGCUGUGAAACUAAUGGAGCAUGAAUUGAAACAGGUGCUCUUGGGUUUAGCUCAAGAUUUAUUUGGUUCGAAAAUCAAAUAUCGUUGGGUUGAUACCUACUUUCCCUUCACACAACCUUCCUGGGAACUGGAAAUCUAUUAUAAAGAUAAUUGGCUGGAGGUAUUGGGUUGUGGCAUAAUGAGACAUGAAAUUUUGCAGCAAUCAGGAGCUCAGAAUUCGAUUGGUUAUGCUUUUGGUUUGGGUCUGGAACGUUUGGCCAUGGUUUUGUUUGAUAUACCCGAUAUAAGAUUAUUUUGGUCUAAUGACUCGGGAUUUUUAACACAAUUUAGUGAAAAAGAUUUAAAUAAAUUAAACAAGUACAAAGCAGUGUCACAGUAUCCUCAAUGUAAAAACGAUUUGUCAUUUUGGCUGCCUCAGGGUAUAGAUGUGGAAAACGGUUUUGUGCCCAAUGAUUUUUAUGAUUUAGUGAGAACGGUGGCAGGAGAUGUGGUGGAACAGAUAAGUUUAGUGGACAAAUUCAAGCAUCCCAAAAAAGGUUUGACCAGUGUUUGCUUCCGCCUGGUCUAUCGCCAUAUGGAACGUACUUUAACUCAAGCUGAAGUCAAUGAAAUUCAUAAACGCAUAGCUGAUGCUUGUGUGGAACAAUUUAAGGUACAGAUUCGUUAAUAGCUUUUAAAUUUGUUAUAGUAAUUGUGAUAAAAUGUCGUGAAGUUUUUUUUGAAAACAAGUUUUAAACAUGUUUUUGUUAUAACGUUGAAAAAAAUGAAAAGUUUUAAUGCGAAAACCGUUUGUAAAAAAAUAUAUGGAAAAGUUUAAUUUUUUAAAAAGUG